AAGGGUGGAGGAAGGGCGGAGGGUCCAGUCCCCCAAGCUCGCCGCCGGCCCGCAGUCGCCGCCGCGGUCCGAAGAGUGAGUACCCCCAGCGCAGAGCCGGCACCGGCCAUGAGGGAGAUCGUGCACAUCCAGGCGGGCCAGUGCGGGAACCAGAUAGGCACCAAGUUUUGGGAAGUGAUCAGCGAUGAACAUGGUAUCGACCCAGCCGGAGGUUACGUGGGUGACUCGGCGCUGCAACUGGAGAGAAUCAACGUCUACUACAAUGAGUCAUCGUCACAGAAAUACGUGCCCAGGGCUGCUCUGGUGGACCUGGAGCCAGGCACCAUGGACAGUGUGCGGUCUGGGCCUUUCGGGCAGCUCUUCCGGCCUGACAACUUCAUCUUUGGACAAACCGGUGCAGGGAACAACUGGGCAAAGGGGCACUACACAGAAGGAGCAGAGCUGGUGGAUUCAGUGCUUGAUGUGGUGAGGAAGGAGUGUGAGCACUGUGACUGCCUGCAGGGCUUCCAGCUGACCCACUCCCUGGGGGGAGGAACGGGGUCGGGCAUGGGCACGCUGCUCAUCAGCAAAAUCCGAGAGGAGUAUCCCGACAGGAUCAUGAACACCUUCAGCGUGAUGCCCUCCCCCAAGGUCUCAGACACGGUGGUGGAGCCCUACAACGCCACCCUGUCAGUCCACCAGCUGGUGGAGAACACAGACGAGACCUACUGCAUCGACAACGAGGCGCUCUACGACAUCUGCUUCCGCACCCUGAAGCUCACCACGCCCACCUAUGGGGACCUCAACCACCUAGUGUCGGCCACCAUGAGCGGAGUCACCACCUCGCUACGCUUCCCGGGCCAGCUCAAUGCUGACCUCCGCAAGCUUGCAGUAAACAUGGUCCCUUUCCCCCGCCUCCACUUCUUCAUGCCCGGCUUUGCCCCCUUGACUGCCAGAGGCAGUCAGCAGUACCGGGCCCUCACCGUGCCAGAACUGACUCAGCAAAUGUUUGAUGCUAAGAACAUGAUGGCGGCCUGUGAUCCAAGACAUGGGCGCUACCUGACCGUGGCCACUGUCUUCCGGGGUCCCAUGUCCAUGAAGGAGGUGGACGAGCAGAUGCUGGCCAUCCAGAACAAGAACAGCAGCUACUUUGUGGAGUGGAUCCCCAACAAUGUCAAGGUGGCCGUGUGCGACAUCCCUCCUCGGGGCCUCAAGAUGGCCUCCACCUUCAUCGGCAACAGCACGGCCAUCCAGGAACUGUUCAAGCGCAUCUCGGAGCAGUUUUCUGCCAUGUUCCGCCGGAAGGCCUUCCUGCACUGGUUUACGGGUGAGGGAAUGGAUGAGAUGGAGUUCACGGAAGCAGAGAGCAACAUGAACGACCUGGUGUCAGAGUACCAGCAGUAUCAAGAAGCUACAGCCAAUGACGGCGAAGAAGCUUUUGAAGAUGAUGAAGAGGAGAUCAACGAAUAGAGGAGCGUCCCUGUCUCAGAUACAGUUCAGAUGUUCUUUCUUUAACUCCGGUGUGUCAACUCUAAUGGCCACCGAAUGGUGCACUUGUCUAAAUAUAUGGGUGCAGGCCCCUCCCAAAUGCAAUCAAAUUGUACUUUCAGUCAUCUGGAAUAAAGAAAGUGCAUUAAAAUACCAGAGAAUUGGUAGUCCUACCCCAUCAGAUCAAACGAGGGAGAUUUUCUACUGGAGGACUUGAAAGAACUAAUUGGGCCAUGAAAAAUAAAUAAACCUCACCUUCUAUUAAGUGUUCAGCCAUGUCUGAGAAUUAGCGGGCAGUUAGAAACAGUGUUUUUUCAUUAUUUGUGAUGAAACCUGAAGCUGUGCAGUGUUACCUGAUAUUCAAAAUGCAACAUUGAACUUUGAAACAAUUUAUUCAUAAUAAAACACUAAAACUUUUCCUUUGUCUCUUCCAGCCUCUACUUAUGUGAUAAUUUGUUACUUUGCAUUCUCACAAUGAUUGCUCUGGUCUCUGGUCCUUUGCUGGGUAAACUGCCCCUGCAGCACACUAAAAGAACUGAGAGGAAAGAGGCUUUUCUUGAAUUAAUUCCAGGCUUUAAGAGUGGUAGCCAGAAUUCUUCUGAGCCUAAAGGUAGUGCACAUAUAAAGAAAAGCCAUCAUCCCCAUUUGCAACAAGCACUUAAACGUGCAACAGAAUCUUUCACCUCCCUACAUCAUGUUCUGGGCUAAUGGGUCCCACCCAGCUUCCUUGACAACUUGGCUGAUAUUUGCCAGAGGAGCCACAGAAAAUGACCUUUAGGCUUCCAUCAAGCUCUUGGUGGGUAAGGGGGCACCAGUUAGGGUGGGUUCCGAGAGCUGCUGAACUUCCUUACAUUGGGCCCUAGACCCAGAGCCCGGGCCAGCUGCCUGGCCCAGCAUGGAGUGAAGGGCUCUCAGACGGAUUCUAGCAGGACCCGGGCCAGGCCACUAGCGAUGAGAGUGAAGGCUGUUUUCUAUAUAACAAAUCACUACUUUCCAGUUCCUGUAACUAACCACUUCUGUAAGAGGUCUUAUAAAGUCAAACUCCACAGGACAGGACCGGGCGAGUCUUACUAGUAAUUGGCAGACAUCCGCUGUUUACCACUGGUUAUUUCUCCUUCCUGUCCCCUUGAAGUUAGUUGUAAAUGUGCGACUAUGCUUUAGCCAAGAGAACGUGAAUGGCAUAUCACUUCCAGCUGGAAACGGUUAGUGCUUGGCCUUCUGCUCUGCCUCCCAAGUGGGGGUGCAGAUGACCCAGCAUCUCUAUUGAUCUGAGUCCCUGACUAACUGCUGAGCAGAGCCCCCUUUGUUGGACAAGGAACAAGAGAGAAAUUUGGAGCCACUGAGAUUUAAGGUCACCCCAGUGUGACCUCACCCCUCAUGACAGAACACCCAUGCUCUGUGAUGCCACGGCUCACAUCCAGUAACACAUUUAUUUUGUGCUAAGCCCUAGCCUUGGACAGACAGAAAGUGAAUCACUAAGCAGCAUGACUUGAACUGAGGUGAGAACAGAUCUCAUUUUUGCAGAAAUCUAAACUAUUUUGUGAGACUACAGUAAAAAUAAAUCUUGGCCAUCCCCAUCUAACCUGGAAAUACCGUUUUUCCCUGAAAAUA